AUGAGAUACUACGAAAGUGGCAAGUGGGGCUUUUCCCUUUUGCUGGGUCUGUCCGCCUCAGUCCUUCCGCGGGCAUUGGCCAUGGCUCUGCCGAAUGCAAUGCUUACAUAUGGCGUGUCUCUUCUUCUCGCCGCAGAAGCAGAGGGUGCCAGCCGAGAUGCUGAGAUCACAGAGGCGGUCGUGCUCCUCGCGGCGACAUUCACAGCUGUCAUGAUCUUCAUUCUCACUGCGCGCCUUCAAAUUGCGUAUGAUCGGUGGUGGGAGGGUGGAACUCUGCUGCAAAAGACACGCGGAGAGUGGUUCAAUGCGUACAGCAGCCUGAUCGCUUUCAGUUCUGGCAAGGUCGAGCUGCAAGCCAAGGUAGAAGAGUUUCAUCAUCUUCUAGCACGCUUGAUGUCGCUCUUGUACUGCUGUGCACUACAGCAAGUCUCUCCGUCGGAUCGUGCUUUCAACAUCCUUAACCCAUGCGGCUUGGAGAAGGCCAGCCUGAAGUACUUGCAGGGUAUCGAGGACAGGGAAGAAGUCAUACAGCAAUGGAUUCAAAGGUCAGUUGUUCUCCGAAUGGCCGACGGUAUUUUACCGGUCCCUCCACCUGUUAUCUCUCGAGUCUUCCAGGAGAUGUCUCGCGGAAUCGUGAACUUGCAGAAUGCGCGCAAGAUUGCAGACUUUCCGUUUCCUUUUCCAUAUCACCAGAUCAGCAUUGUUGUCCUGAUCAUCCACUGGAGCUUAAUGCCACUCCUCUCCAGCAUACUGCUUCUGCCAUUGAACGGCGCAGGCGUAUCGUUCGCUGUGACAUUGUUUCUGUGGUGCAUCCAUUUCACUGCGUUGCAACUGGAGUCCCCAUUCGGAGAUGACCCGAAUGACCUGCCCAUGGAUCAGAUGAUCGCAGAUUUCAAUCAGAGUCUCUUCGCUCUGUUGAAAUCUCAUGUGCAAAUGCCACCCAGCUACACACCUCAGAGGCAGGAACUCUCGAUGGACGAGAAGAACUCCUUGCAAUCGCAGAGCUUCGAG